AUGGAUCGGAUGGAUGAUGGAACACUGUCCAUAGCGUAUGAUUGCUCAAAAUGGGCUACAGAACCUGGAAUCUGCGCCAAAGCAGUUCAGACAGGGUUCGAACAACCUGCGCAGAAGAGGCUAUACAGUCUAGGAUCUGCGCCAAAACAGUUUAGACAGGGUUCGGACUCCAAUGCAUUAAGAAUGCAUUCAUCGAUACAGGCUUAA